AUGUUUCGGUCACAGUUGAGGCAGAUCUCACUGCACUGUGAAAGAGCAAAUUUUGGUCUUUCUACACCUGCUCGCCAGUUCUCCUGUACUCGUACAGUUGCUGGCGAAGGUCGAGACCAACCAUCUGAGAGCCGUAACCCCAAUACCCGCCCUGCAUCAGCCACGCCUUCCUACCGGCCUCGCAAACCCAUUGGCCCCCCAGCACGUACCAGCCAUCCCAAUGGGCCCCCAGCUCGCACCAACCAGUACCAAUCUCGUCCUCCUCGAGUGAUUGAUGCUAGAUCUUUUGCGGCGGCACGAGCUGGCGGUGGAGAGCAACCUAAGAUUAUCCGCAGCCCGAGAUCACGCAAUGUUCGAGGCGGCAACCAAUUCCCAAAUCGCAAGCCCAAACCCUCCGCCAAAGCCGCCAAAGCCGCUAAGGGUAACCUUAACGGCCCCCGCAGGAACGCAAAAACUUCCGAGAAUGACGAGGGCGAAGAUGCCGAAGCGGCGGCUAUCGACCAAGUUCUGCAAGAGCAAAUCAUCAAAUCACGGCCAACCCCUAUUCGCUAUGAGCCUCAGGAGAUCAACUACUCUACGUUGAGAGAAACCUGGCCUUCAAUUCCCACAGAUGUGAACUCGCGCUCGGCUGCCGUUUAUGAAAAACUUUCCGGCCUAGGUGGCCGCAUUGCCAAUGGCUAUAUCCCGCCCUAUGAGCUUGGAAGGCGCUUGUGGAAGGGGCAGAGCGUUUUGUUCAAAAAUGAGACUGAGAAGGCCGAGGCUUUGGAAGAGACCAAGCGAUUGGCUCAGCUUCGUGCUGAUCGAAUUUCACAGCGCAAGGGUGAUCUUGUGGAGCCUCGGAAUGUCGAGUUUAGACCUAUCGACGCAAAAGACACCAAGUCUCUCAUGGAAAUUUUUGUUCAGGGGAACUACCCGACGCCUGAAGUCGGGAAAGAUGGGCAUGCCGUAUUGAGAGAGGUGUCAAUGAAUCUCAGGAACAACGGGACCUACCAGACAACUGGGAAGACCUCACAGUUCAUGGCCAAGAUUGAAUCCCUUGUCUCUGCUGGCCGCAAGACCAAGAGCGUUUAA